CUCCGGGUGCACGGCCAAUGAUCCGAUUAGGACCCAAUUACGUCGUUACACACGCGUUUCCGCAAAGGGUUAAACUGUAACGAGCUUGCGAGCCUCUGCCAUCCACGCUCACGUCGGUCCAGCCCACCGGUCGUCGUGGCCGACGUGUUCAUGCCGCAGGUUGCUGCUAAGCGUUUAGCAACGCGCGCGCGCGUGUGUGUGUCAGCAGUCAGUCAGCGUGCGCCGUCGCCCUGCGAGCCGAGCGAGCCUCCCUCUCCGCCCGCACCCGCACCCGCACCCACACGAGCCUGCGCUGCGACUCCGAAAAUAUGGCGGCCCUUCACGCGCUGUCGCGAACGGAGAGCGUGCUCUUCAGAAACCUGUGCGCCGCACGCAGACUCCAGUUUAACUCCGCCGCCCAUUCCUCGAUUAAGGCCUGUGGCUGUUACUUUUCCACCUCCUGCCAGAGGAAAUCCAAGUUCUAUGCAGACCCAACAGAAGCAGUGAAAGACAUCCCCAAUGGCGCAACCGUACUUGUGGGAGGCUUUGGAUUGUGUGGUAUACCGGAGAACCUUAUUGGCGGUUUACUGAAGACGGGCGUUAAGAAUAUCACAGCCGUCAGUAACAAUGCUGGAGUGGAUAACUUCGGCCUGGGCCUGCUCCUCAAGACCAAGCAGAUAAAGAGGAUGAUCUCAUCGUACGUUGGAGAGAAUGCAGAGUUUGAGAGGCAAUAUCUCUCCGGGGAGCUGGAAGUGGAACUGACGCCACAGGGUACUCUUGCAGAGAGGAUAAGGGCCGGAGGUGCUGGUGUCCCGGCCUUCUUCACGGCCACUGGCUACGGCACACUGAUUCAAGAGGGAGGCUCUCCAAUCAAAUACAACAAAGAUGGCACCAUAGCCAUUGCCAGUGAGAAGAGGGAGGUGCGGGAGUUCAAUGGCAGGCACUACAUUAUGGAGAAAGCCAUCACCGGUGACUUCGCUUUGAUCAAGGCCUGGAAAGCCGACAAGGCUGGAAACGUUGUUUUCAGGAAAACAGCCAGGAACUUUAACCAGCCCAUGUGCAAGGCAGCCCAAACCACCAUAAUCGAGGUGGAAGAGGUGGUGGAUGUGGGGACCUUUGCUGAGGAGGACAUCCAUAUCCCUAGCAUCUACAUCCACAGGAUUGUCCAGGGAGGCAGCUAUGAGAAGAGGAUAGAGAAGCGCACAGUAAAGAAAAGCCAAGAAGAGAAGCCCAAACCAAAGAAGGACUCUGAUAUUGUGCGAGAGAGGAUAAUUCGCCGGGCUGCUUUGGAGUUUGAAGAUGGCAUGUAUGCAAACCUUGGUAUCGGUAUCCCCAUGCUGGCCAGCAACUUUAUAAAGCCUGACAUCACUGUUCACCUUCAGAGUGAGAAUGGCAUCCUGGGGCUGGGCCCAUACCCCACAGAGGACAAAGUAGACGCAGAUCUGAUCAAUGCUGGAAAGGAGACUGUCACUGUUCUUCCUGGAGCAGCCUAUUUCUCCAGCGAUGAGUCCUUCGCCAUGAUCAGAGGGGGCCACAUCAACCUGACUAUGCUUGGAGCCAUGCAAGUGUCCAAGUAUGGGGAUCUCGCCAACUGGAUGAUCCCAGGUAAGAUGGUGAAGGGAAUGGGGGGAGCCAUGGAUCUGGUGGCCAGCGCUGGAACCAAGGUGGUGGUCACCAUGGAGCACUCUGCCAAGGGUGGAAAACACAAGAUCUUGGAUAAAUGCAACUUGCCGUUGACAGGGAAGCAGUGUGUGGAUCGCAUCAUAACAGAAAAGGCCGUGUUUGACGUGGAUAAGGACAAAGGCCUGACUCUGAUAGAGGUUUGGGAGGGUCUGACUCCAGAAGACAUUAAGACUUGCACGGGGACAGAUUUUGAGGUGAGUCCCAACCUGAGGCCCAUGCAGCAAAUUUAAAAGGACUGGCGUGGAACUGAGGAAUGGUGACAUGGACUCUUUUAUUGGACGGUUUUAUUUUAGUUUUUUUUUUCUAUGUGAUAUUCGGAUAAAUUUCUGGGCUAUGAGUAGUCCAAGGACUGAAUAAAUUAAUGUUCUCUGGUAACAGCCAGAAAUUUACCCCUCACCAAUGCUAAAUUAAUGAAAGUCGGUGGAAUUAUCAUUUAAACUGUUGGCAAAAAAAAAAACCUCAUUAAGCCUAACAUGAUUGUUUUUCUCCUAUUGGUUUAAACAAUUUUUUUUUUGGCAAUAAAUGAUUAAAUGUUUCUCUUUGGUCCACAAGACUUAUUCAUUUACCACUAGCGGUGAUUACAUUUUGCUAAUGUUUGUAAAGAAAUCAGCAGAGAAGCUAAUCUGAAGAUCACAUUAAAAACAGGAAUUAAGCUCAGGACACCCAUAUGCAAAAGGAACUAAUACUGGGAACAAAAUUACGUUGUUCACAGAAAUGAUUAAAGUGUUGAUUAUAGAUAAUUUAUCCCCUCCACAGGGAGGGAAUGUUUAGUCGAUAAAUGUUUCAAAAUGAGAAAAAAGUAAAAUGCUCUUCAGCUGAUCUCUAGAUUCAGCACGUAGGGUUACUUUAGAAAACAUAUCAUGACUAAUAGUUGAUUUAUGAGUAACUCAGACACGGAGCUUGUCUAGCUAAGGUUGCAGUGUGAGAUGGUUAGUGCUUUGCUAUAGAUGACGAGGGGGAAGCUGGAUGAAGUAGUUGAUGUGUGGUAUUGAAACCUGUUCCCUUACUUUAAACUGCUUUUUGGCAUAGAUUAAACCUUUCCUUCCGUUUUUAACAACACAAACCUCAGAAAUGUCAGAGUUUGGUACUAUACCAUGUAAGACGGCCAUGGUAUCCAAAUCAAAUGAAGCCUUAACAUUUUCUGUCUCAUCAGUUUCUAUGCCGUUGCCUUUGUCUUUGUAUAUAAAAUAAAAUACAACUUUGUUUGCAUG